AUGACCUCCUCCCCAACCAGCUACAACGCCGUCGACCUCCUGACCAGCCUUGCCGGAAUCAUCACCACCAUCGCCACCAACCUGCACGCCAACCGGCUCGACCGCGCGGGGCUCCGCGCCACGCUCAAGGAGUACGCCGCGCGCGCCGAGUCGGACGGCAAGCUGAUCAACGCCUCGCGGCAGUCGCAGCGCUGCGUCGAGCACGGCCUGCUGCUCGCCUACGUGCACAUGGAGUUCAUCACCACUCUGCUGCGCUACAACCUGACCGUCCCCGCCACGGCGGUGAAAUGGUACAGCGUGCGCUCGCUGCUGAAGCGGUACCGCCUGUCCCUGUUCGGGAUUCCUGCGCAGGCGCGGGACCUGCGCGCGCAGCUGGAGAAUAUCCAGAACAAGGCUGAGUUGCUGUAUGCGGAUUUCGUAGAGGGGGGGGUACAAAUCCCCGAGACGCCGAUCCUGUAUCGCAAGGUUACGGCUUGUGAGCCGGUUGGGGCGCCGCCGGAAGCAAUUCAUGACCUCCUUCGUCGCGGGACCCUUGCUGAGCAGGAGUUGAGUGGGAAGAUUCCGCCUUGA